UACAGACAAUCAAUAUUUAAUAUAACCUAAGAUAAUCAAAUGAUUAAAAGUUUCAGAUUUUCAAUUUAAUAGUAUGUAAAUUAAUAGCAUUGUUUAUAAGAAUUCACACUUCACCGCAUUAGGUCAAUCUAUUAGAUUUCUAUAUAUAAUUAUAAACGAUUUCAUACAUAACAAAUUAAAAGAUCUUCAAAUAAUCUUUGAAUUCAACAAUGACUACCUUACGACCCUUUACUUGUGAUGAUAUGUACAAAUUUAAUAAUGUCAAUCUGGAUCCCCUAACGGAGACAUAUGGAUUAUCUUUCUACAUGCAAUAUUUAGCACAUUGGCCUGAAUACUUUCAAGUAGCAGAAUCACCCAGUGGUGACAUUAUGGGAUAUAUAAUGGGUAAAGCUGAGGGCCAUGGUGACAAUUGGCAUGGGCAUGUUACUGCUUUAACUGUUUCACCAGACUAUAGAAGAUUAGGAUUAGCAGCAUCUUUAAUGAAUUUCUUGGAAGAUGUUUCAGAAAGGAAAAGAGCUUAUUUUGUUGAUCUGUUUGUGAGGGUGAGCAAUAAGGUUGCUAUCAAUAUGUAUAAUAAUUUGGGUUACAUUGUUUAUCGAACAGUGUUAGAAUAUUAUUCUGGAGAUCCUGAUGAAGAUGCUUAUGAUAUGAGGAAAGCCUGUUCUAGAGAUGUGAAGCAAAAAUCUGUAAUACCUUUAACACAUCCUGUUCGACCAGAGGAUAUUGAUUAAAUCACGCUUAUUUCCAAUUACUUCAAAUAAACAAUCUAUACAUUUAACUAUAAUUUUCCUUAUAUGUUUAUAUUGGGUUGUAUUAA